CCAUUGAGAUUAUCUAGUCCAACCCACUCACUGUACAGAUUGGGAAACUGGGGCCCAGCAAGAUUACUAUUUAACAGUUUCUAAAUGACUAUAAGAGGGAGUACACAAGGAAACAUCCAAGUUUAUAGAUGAAGAGCCAGGCCACAGGAGAUGACUACAACUACAGAAAAGGCUCAACAUCAACUCCAUGGCCAACAUGUCAAGGGUGUAUAAGAAGACCUGCUCCAAUGGGAAGCUUGCCAUCUACCUGGGGAAACGGGACUUCGUGGACCAUGUGGACAUGGUGGAUCCCAUUGAUGGUGUAGUCUUGGUUGAUCCUGAUUACUUAAAAGGUCGAAAGAUGUUUGUCAUGUUGACAUGUGCCUUUCGCUAUGGCCAUGAUGACUUGGACGUGAUCGGUCUGACAUUCCGCAAAGAUCUGUAUGUACAGGUGCAGCAAGUGUUCCCACCUGAGCCCACCAGCACCCAGGGGCCCCUCACAGUACUACAGGAGCGACUGCUGCAAAAGUUGGGGGACAAUGCCUACCCCUUUACCCUGCAGAUGGUUGUUAACCUGCCCUGUUCGGUGACACUGCAGCCAGGUCCCGAAGAUGCGGGAAAGGCCUGUGGGAUUGACUUUGAAGUGAAGAGCUUCUGUGCUGAAAACCUGGAGGAGAAAAUCUCCAAGAGAGACUCUGUGCGGCUGGUGGUUCGAAAAGUACAGUUUGCACCCCUGGAACCAGGCCCUGGUCCCUGUGCCCAGACCAUCCGCCACUUCCUUUUGUCAUCUCAGCCCCUACAACUCCAGGCCUGGAUGGACAGGGAGGUUCACUACCAUGGCAAACCCAUCUCUGUCAAUGUUUCUAUCAACAACUGCACCAACAAGGUCAUCAAAAAAAUCAAGAUUUCAGUCGACCAGAUCACAGACGUUGUCCUGUAUUCCCUAGACAAGUACACCAAGACCGUGUUCAUUCAGGAGUUCACGGAGACUAUAGCUGCUAACUCCAACUUCUCUAAGAGCUUCGCAGUAACCCCACUCCUGGCUGCCAACUGCCAGAAACAGGGCCUGGCACUGGAUGGCAAACUCAAGCAUGGUGAUACUAAUCUGGCCUCUAGCACAAUUCUUCAACCUGGAAUGAACAAGGAGCUGCUGGGGAUCCUGGUGUCCUACAAAGUGAGAGUCAACUUGAUGGUGUCUGGUGGAGGCAUCCUAGGCGACCUGAUCACCAGCGAUGUUGGUGUGGAGCUGCCCCUGAUCCUGAUGCAUCCAAAGCCAUCACAUGAGGGUGCUAGCUCUGAGGACAUAGUCAUCGAGGAGUUCGCUCGUCAGGAGCACCGUGGGGAGGAGAGCCAGGAGGCUUUGGCGGCGGAGGGGGAUGAGGGAAGCUGAGCACCAAGCUCUGGUGCCUCUGUGUGGGAGCCCUACUGUAACGCUCUAAUAAAUCAGCUUGUCCAAGACAUACCUGGCGAUAUCUUUGGUAUUUCCUUCUCCGGGAGGGUAACGGCACUAGAGAACAGCACUUUCUGCCCCUGUCAGUGAGUAGGUUACUCUGUAGCGUGUGCUUUUCCCCUAAAAGACCCCCGACUUUCCUCUG